AUGUCGACUGCUCCAGUGAACAGGCAAACCUUCAUUGGCCUGCUCAUCCUUCUCUUCUUCCUGUGGACGCUCUCGACUUUUACCCAGACAACAUCGACAACUCCUACACACAUUACACACGACCAGCAGUCUGCCAAUCCUGUAGGCCAUCCGCAGUACCCGAACAGUAAUAGCAAUGCCGCGGAUAAGCAGAAGCCCGACAAGUCCUCGAAGCCGUCCCACGAUAUUUCAAAACCAGACAAGGCGCCAGAGUACUCCCUUCCGCCAUGGUACGAGGACGACGAAGACAAGGCAGACAAGGCAGCCUCUCAAACGACUGCCAAGGGAGCGAAGGAGACCGCAAGCGCUGCCUCUGACAAGGGCACGAGCAAGAGCUCGUCUGCCUCUACAUCUCUAAAGUCGCAUUCGUCCUCGUCUUCUGCCACCUCGAAAGAAUCAUCCGGCUCCAAGGACCGCAGCCGUCCCCUAGUCCUCUACGCCUACGCCGAGUCCGACGCCGGCCGCGAGAACCUCCAGUUCUUCGUCAAGCAGGGCCUGCACGACGCUGCCGACUUCAUCUUCAUCCUCAACGGCGAGACCAACGUCAGCAGUGUCAUCCCCGAAAAGGACAACAUCAAGGUUGUUGCCCGCGACAACACCUGCUUCGACCUCGGCGCGUACGGCGAGGUGCUCCGGAAAGGAGAUCUGUAUAAGAAAUACAAGCGAUUCAUCACCAUGAACGCCAGUAUCCGCGGCCCUUUCCUACCUCACUGGGCGCAGUCGUGCUGGACUGACAUGUACCUGGACCGUCUCACGGAUGAAGUCAAGCUGGUCGGCAUGACGGCAAACUGCUGGCCCCGAUUCCACGUCCAGUCCAUGAUCUGGGCCACCGACAGCGUAGGCAUCGAUCUGCUCCUCAACCCCCCGCCUGGCUCCUCCGUCAAGGACGACUUCGGCACCGAGAACGACCCCGUCGGCCUGGGCGGCUGCUACGACGGCUGGAAUCACGCUGUGCAUGCCGAGAUUGGUGCUACGGGCACCUUCUUGAAGCAAGGCUACAAGGUGGACCUGAUGAUGACGGCGUUCCAAAAGUCCAAGAACUACAUUGAAGAGUGCGACACGUCGCAGAAUGGUGACGUUCUCUGGAAUGGCAAGUACUUUGGUACCAACGUGCACCCGUACGAGACCAUCUUUAUCAAGGCCAACCGCGACAUUGACCCGACUCUGAUUGAGCAUUUGACGACCUGGCAUCAAGCGUCCGGUUUUGACAGCUAUGCCGCUUGCAAGUCGAGUUCCUAG